AGCAGCAGUGAUCUGAGGCGCUCAGACGGCGGCGGCAGGACGGAGCAGACGGAGGACGUGAGCGAGGACAGAGGACGAGCACCAGCGGCUGCACAGUGAAAUGGGCGCCAAAGACCCCACCAUGACUCGGGACGUCAGCAGAUCAUCGGGCUGCCGGAGCCCCUUCAACAGCAUCAAGUUCUUUGUGUUUUGUCAGAGUUUGCUGCAGUUGGCUCAGCUGCUGGUGUCUGGCUGUCUGAAAAGCUCCAUCUCCACCAUCGAGAGGCGCUACGGCUUCUCCAGCCAGAAGUCUGGCCUGCUGGCCUCCUUCAACGAGGUGGGGAACGUGGGGCUGAUCGUGUUUGUGAGUUUCCUCGGGAGUCGAGUCCACCGGCCACGGUUCAUCGGAGGAGGAGCGCUGCUGGCGAGCCUCGCCUCCCUGUUGAUGGCACUGACGCACUUCAUCAGCGGACCGUACGAAUACACCGGCCAAAUCAGCUCCGACAGUAACAGCGACCACGGCCUCUGCCAAUCAGAGAGAGCCCUCACCGUGCUGUCGUCCAAUCAAAGCUGCAGCCAGCAGGAGAGCCCCGCCCAGCGCGGCGUCUACCCUCUGCUGCUGCUGGGUCAGCUGCUGCUGGGCAUCGGCACCGUUCCCAUCCAGCCUUUCGGCAUCUCCUACAUCGACGACUACGCCAGCAAGAGGAACUCGCCGCUCUACCUCGGAAUCCUGCUAGCAGUGACAACCAUCGGCCCGGCCUUUGGCUUCAUCAUGGGCUUCGUAACGUUGCGAUUCUUCGUUGACAUCGACAAGGUUUCUAAAGAUCAGAUCGACCUGCGGCAGGACGACCUGCGCUGGGUGGGCGCCUGGUGGCUCGGCUUCCUGGUGGCUUCCUGCUUCCUGUUCCUCACCGCGCUGCCGUACCUCUUCUUCCCCAAAAACAUGCCCAAAGAGGGCGAGGCGGUGGACGGCGAGGCGGCGGCUCCAGACAGGAAGCAGCAGGUUGAGCAGCCGCAGGAAGUCACUCUGCUCCAGUUCCUCAAAAGUUUUCCUCGGAUCGCCCUGCGGACGCUGCGGAGUUCGGUCUUCCUGCUGGUGGUCCUGGCUCAGGUGUGCCUGGCGGCGCUGGUGGCCGGUCUCGCCACCUUCAUGGCCAAAUUCAUCGAGCGUCAGUUCGACCGGACCGUCUCCUUCGCCAACAUGAUGAUAGGGGGCGUGGACAUCCCGCUGGCGGUGGUCGGCAUCGUGCUGGGCGGAGCUCUGAUGCGGCGGCUGAGCCUGUCGGUGGGCGGAGCCGGCCGGCUGUGCUGCGCCGCCAUCCUGCUGUGCAUGUUCAGCGCCCUGCCGCUGCUGCUGCUCGGCUGCCCCACGCAGGCCGUCGCCGGCGUGUUCCCUCACAGGCCGGACCCCCAGCCCUGCAGUGCUGCCUGUCACUGUCCUGCCAAGGACUUCAACCCGGUCUGCGGUUCGGACGGCGUGGAGUUCCAGUCGCCGUGCCACGCCGGCUGCGUCACCAUGGAAACGGACAACGUCACCCGCAAAGUCCUGAACUACACAGAUUGCCGCUGUGUCUGGGGCGGCGGCGGCGGCUUCGCCACGCCCGGGACGUGCGGCGGCGGCUGCUCCCACCUGCUGCUGCCCUUCAUGGUGCUGUCGGCGCUCACCUGCCUGAUCGCCUCCGUGUCCCAGACGCCCUCCUACAUGAUGAUCCUCAGGACGGUGCCUCCAGAGGACAAGUCCUUCGCAGUGGGAGUUCAGUACAUGCUGUUCAGAGUCCUGGCGUUCAUGCCCUGUCCCGUGCUGUACGGCAGCGCCAUCGACAGCAGUUGCAUCCUGUGGGGCUCCAAGUGCGGCAAGAAGACUUCCUGUCUCUACUACAACAUGGACCAGUUCAGACAGAGGUUUCUGGGUCUGCAGGCCAUCUUCAUCUGCGGCGCUCUGCUCUGCUUCGUGCUGGCCGUGGUCGUCCUGCGCCGCCACCCGCCCGCUCGGGACGCGGCGGCGGGGCGAGGGGCGGGAUACGAGCUGGUGAACGGGCAGAAGAGUCCGGACUGCUCUCCCAGCAAGGAGCCGCGGCGAAUCACCACCUGAGGAAAACAAAACGACAAGAAACAGAAAAAAAAAAACAGAGAGAGGCUGCGAGGACGAGCGAGGAAGAGAGACUGACGAUUAAGAG